CUAAGUCAGAGGAGAGAGAGGGGGGCUUGUGUGAAUGUGUUAGUUAAUUUGGUUACCAUCAAUGUCAUGACAAUUACAAAGCCUUAUUGUUGUUGCCCCCAGGAUUUGGCCAUUACCUGACAUUUCUAAGUCAGUGGUUCUCAACCUCUGGGUUGCCAGAUGUUUUUGGUGUUUAACUCCCAGAAAUCCUAACAGCUGGUAAACUGUCUGGGAUUUCUGGGAGUUGUAGGCCAAAAUACCUGGGGACCCACAGGUUGAGAACCACUGGUCUAAGUGAGAGCAGAGUGAAUACCUCUGGCCUAACCACCUGUAGAAGAGUUAAGCCACUGUAAUUAAGGUGUGGUGUUUAAUUCAAUGGGAGUUAUAUAUAGGUUGCAGUUAUACUGAAUAAGUUUGAUGAGAUGGCGAUUUGGAGAAUUACUACUAAAUUGAGGCCAAAGAAGCCUGUGACUGGCUGAAGGCUGCUGGAUUCCCUCAGUAUGCUCAGAUGUUUGAAGAUAUGCAGUUUCCUGUUGAUAUCAACUCUGUGAGAAAAGAUCAUGAAUUUUUAGAUAAAGAUGAAAUAGAAUCCUUGUACAGACGAUUAAAUACAUUGAAUAAGUAUGCAGCAAUGAAAGUGGAAAUAAAUCGACCAAGAAAGCGGAGUGAUGAAUCUGAAGAGGACGAGCCUUGUGCAAUAAGUAACAAAUGGACUUAUGAAAAACAUACUCAGAGAUGGUCUCGCCUAGGGAGCUCAGAAGGGUCAUUGGCACCAGUUCCUGACAAUUUGAGACUCAACAGUUCUGGUAGUGGGGAUAUAAUCUUUUCUGACCAUGGAGAGCGAAAUGAUGGGUCCUCUGUCCACAGUUCCAGCAGUGGAGAUAGUGAUUUAAUCAGCUUUCCAAAACCCGGUGAGGAUGCUGAGACAAGCAGGAGCUCCUCAAGAUGUUCUUCAAAUAAAUUGGCAUCACCUGACUCCACCUUCAGUUGCUCUUCUUCUCCUUGUGAAACUUUGAAUAUAAUUAGUGAGGACAAGCUCUUGGAGAAACCAUCCCAUAAAAAGGGAAGGAGUUUCUUAAAGAAAAUGGAGAAGUUACGCCUGAGAAGUGGCAAUCUGAAGAGCCAAACACAUUCAAAGACCAUACCCAUUAUUAGCGAGCCUGUUCUGAUAGAGGGACUAAAUGAAGAAAAGUUGAGUAACCUCAACUGCAUAAGUAUUUCAAAUGUGUCGGUGAGUCAGGUGAGUCACACUUCUGAUUCCCCACAGACUUGUAGCAGCACCAGCAGCAGCCAGUCUGAAAAUAGUAGCACAAUGAGUACCCCAAGUCCUGUAAUCAAAAUGAGGAGACACAGCAAAAGAGGAGGAAUAUAUGCAGAAGACUUGGACUCUGGGAAAAUUUCUUUGUGGAGUAAUAUUUCUCAGCAUAACUUGAAAAAUGAAAAUCAUGUGGAGAAGAACAAAGUAUUUCAAGUGCCACAAGGCCAUAAGCCAGGGACUUUUCCCAAAGCGCUUACCUACAGCCUCUUGUCACCCGUAGACAACACUUCGGUGAACUGGAGAACUGGGAGUUUUCAUGGAUGCCGAAGAAACAGGGUUCACCGUAGUUCUCAGGACUCUGAAACUCCACCUGGCUCUCUUUCAUUGAUGGAUAACAGACUGAGCAUAUAUGACAAUGUGCCUAACAUUCAUCACCACAAAAUGAAUGCACCAGAGAUAGGUGAUGAUGAUGUUUUCGCAGAACUGGACAAUGUUAUGGAACAUGUGAAUGGGCUGAGGAAGUUGGUUAGUCAAUGGACAGAGAAGUUAUCUGACGAGGGAGACUCUGAUUCUGCCAGUCACUCCAACCAGUCCACCUCUCCUUGCCCAUCAUCCCCUAAGGAGAUCCGUCUUGAGAUUAAAGUACAUUCAGAGAAAAAAAUGGCAGGAUUUCCAAUUACUGAGAGUGACGAUUGCAAACCUAUUGAUGAACACAGCCUCCUGGACCUGGCAUAUGUCAUGGACUCAGGAGCAAGACCAACGUCAGCAUAUUCCCUCAGCCAUGGCAAAAGACACUGGUCAGCUGGGGAUAACACAGACCUGGAAAGUCUUUCUCUUCAAAUUGACUACCAAUCUGCAGUCCACCUCAGUCGAAUGCAGAAACUUGCGUUGUUAAAGUUAACUUCUUUAAUGGAUAAAUACUCUCCUUCCAGCAAACAAGGAUGGAACUGGACUGUUCCGAAAUUUAUUAGGAAAAUAAAAGUUCCUGAUUAUACGGACAAAAAUAUAUUUGGAGUACCAUUACUGCUAAAUGUCCAGAGAGCAGGCCAUCCACUUCCAAGGAGCAUACUUCAAGCCAUGGACUAUCUAAGAGGCAAUUUUCUUGACCAGGUUGGCCUUUUUAGAAAAUCGGGUGUCAAAUCAAGGAUACUUUAUUUAAGGGAGAUGAAUGAAAAUGACCCAAGCAGCAUCACGUAUGAGGGGCAAUCAGCUUUUGACGUGGCGGACAUGGUGAAGCAAUAUUUCCGAGAUCUUCCAGAACCUAUAUUCACAAGCAAACUUUGUGAAUCCUUUCUUCACAUCUAUCAGUAUCUGCCAAAAGAUCAGCAAUUUUGUGCUGUCCAAGCUGCUAUUCUUCUGCUUCCAGAUGAAAACCGUGAAGCUUUACAAAUUCUGCUAUACUUUCUCAGGGAUGUAGUAGCAUUUGUGGAAGAAAACCAGAUGACUCCAGCCAACAUUGCUGUCUGUCUGGCACCAUCUUUGUUUCACCUUAAUACCCUGCGGAGAGAGAGUUCUUCGUCAUCUAGAUCCAGUCAGAGGAAAUACAGUAUUGGGAAACCAGACCAAAGGGAUCUGAGUGAGAAUUUGGCUGCAACACAAGGGUUGGCCCAUAUGAUAAUGGAGUGUCACAGACUCUUUCAGAUACCUGACUAUUAUUUUGAUCAUGAUCAUGAUGAUUUGCAAGUUCCCCAUAAUUCAGAGGAAGUAGCUUUGCCCCAAACCUCCAUGACCAGGCACUCCAGCACAGUGACAUCCCUGGAACAUUCCAUGCAGGACCUGCUCCGAGAUGCCAAGGAAAAGUUCAAGAACUGGGUUGCUUGCCCCACCUUAGAAGGAGUAGAUGCGGCAUAUAAAAAGGUGGACGAUGACAACCAUAUACGGUUAUGGAAAGCGUCUGUGGAAAUUAAUGCUGCACCGAAAGUAGUUUUAUACCGGAUAAUGAUGGAGCAUCACCUGUGGGAACCAAAUCUUCAGCAGACAAAAAUCCUAGAGAUCUUGGAUGAUGAAACUGACAUUUACCACUACUCAACAGAGAAUAUGUUUCCACUUCUACCACGGGAAUAUGUGGUCCUGAGGACUUGGAGGACAGACCCUCAAAGCGGCACGUGUGUGUUAGCAGCUACCUCAACCAACAGUGAAAACACUACUGUCAAUGGGAUCUUAGCUGAAGUUCUCCUUUGCCAGUUCCUUAUAGAAGCUGUUGGUUCUCAGAAAUCCAAAGUGACACAUGUCUGUCGAAUAGAUACCAGGGGCCGGACAACAGAAUGGUACAAUAGGGCUUUUGGUCAUUUAUGUGCUGCAGAACUGACACGGAUUAAACAGUCAUUUAAAUCUUCACCUUACUAAAACCAAACCAAAAAUAACCACUUGACACUUUUAGAGAAGAAGGCAAUGUGUUGGGCCCACAGCUGCCCUUUUCAAAGUCUGAGACUAAGCUGAUUAUCCUUUGUUAAAGCUAUUAUGAACUAAAAGAGCAAAUAUAUAAAUGUAAUGUUAAAUAAUUUUAUGAAUUUAGUGUGAGCAUACUCUUUAACUGACUGAUACUAUGCAGCAUUGCUUAUCGCAUAAAAAUGUUAUAUGAAGAAAAUUGAAUUAUUUUGAAUAUUACAUAUCAAAGUAAGUUAUUUAAAAUGAAUGUCUUGCUAUGGUCUAAAUAUAUUUUAAGUAACAUGUAAAUGUGAGAUUUUAUAUUUUUCAGAUAUUUUAUAAACAACAAAAAAGUGAGAAUAGUAUAUUAUCUUUUACACUUCUGGAGUUUAAAAUGUUGGAUUUCUGGUUUUAGUACUAUAGCUGAUUAGGAAUUAAUGACACUCUUAUAGGAAGUUAUGUUGGAUCUCUAGUUGCAAAUACUUGUGCCACAAUGUAGGUAAGAAGCCAUCUGUUUGGGCUCUUAUCUAAAUUCAGAGUUAUGUAGGAAUUUUCUAUAAGUAUAUUGUCAGCAAAAUGGGUGCUUUGAGACGAUAACAAUCUAUUCAACAGUGAUCGGGAUUCCAUUUCAUAGAGCCAAAAAUGCUUUUGAAUUCCAAGCUCCUUUGGAAGCAACAGCAAUCUUGCCUUAGGUCAAUGGUUCUCAACCUGUGGGGCCCCAGGUGUUUUGGCCUACAACUCCCAGAAAUCCCAGCCAGUUUACCAGCUGUUAGGAUUUAUGGGAGUUGAAGGCUAAAACAUCUGGGGACCCACAGGUUGAGAUCCACUGCCCUUGGUGUAUAUAAAGUAGUAGUACAAUGCAGGGAACAGAGUGUCACCGGGAUCUCAGCACAGAAUCUUGUAAUGAAGAAUAUUUCAGGAUUAUGACAAGUCUACAUCAUGGUGGCUGGUGUUUUUAAGCUCUUCUUCCUUGAGCACAGGAAAUACAUAUUGGUGUGCAUGGGGGUGAAAACCUGCAUUAGAUGUGUUGUAGUUAGAUGCAGGUGGAACAUAACAAAGAAAUACACUUCUGUUAUUCCCCUUUCCACAAGAUUUAUCCUCUCCCUGCAGGGACCCCUCCUCCAUGGCAAUUUAUUGAGCAGAAGCAUCUCUAUCUCUAUAAACCAGGUGAAGACACCCAAGUGUUAGUAUCAUCUGAGGACACCCAGGCGAUGUCCUUUGUUACUGUGUCUGGUUAUAGGCAUGUAGACAGAUGCUUCCCUGAAAUAAAACAUGGCUUUGGAGGAAGGCCCCUUGGGAGAGGAAGGCAAGUACUGAAGGGGUUUGAGCAUUACGCGAGGUAGGUUUCCAUUAUGCCUGUGUAUAAAUGCCAGUCAUGUGUUAGUGUGAGAAAGAAUAACAGUUGAUUGGGUUGUAAAGAGCAGUGCUGGCAAUUGUUAUAAUUUUCCAUUGAACUUUCCCCAUACAGGAGUUCACAAACUUACAAUGCUUGAUCAAACACUGGUCCUUGUCUUUAAGGUCUCUAAGACACCUUCGUUCCCUCCUAUGGAGUGGGGACAUCCCAGUUAACCUGUAAAAGACAAUCACUUCACACGUACAGGUCCUACUUUGAAGUGAGCUGGCCUUGAGUGAAGCUGACCUGCUUCAUAGAAUGUAGUAAUGAAUAACUAAAGUUCUUAGAUUAAUACAAAGACAACUCUGAGUUAGUUUUGCAGCAGCUUCUAAAUGUUUUGCUUUGUAGCAUUUAAAGCAGGCAUGGACAAACUUUGGCCCUCCCAGUGUUUUGGAGUUCAACUCCCACAAUUUCUAACAGCUAGUAUAAUGGCUGGGAUUUCUGGUAUUUGAAGUCCAAAACACCCGGAGGGCCGAAGUUUGCCCAUGCCUGAUUUAAAGCCUUUUGCCACCAUGCAUCACAGUAUAAAGUAUUUCAUCACUCAUUCAGUAGGAAAAUUCCAGCCCUGUACAUGCAUAGAGAAGCAGGAAUUGAACAAGGGAUCUUAUUCAGUAUUUAAGGAUAAAUUAUGUUUAGUAUUUUGUUGUACAUUUCAUCCUCCCUACCAAUGGGAUUUUAAAAAUAAAAUCCUUUCUACAGGCCAAAAAAGCUAAGUACAUUCAGUGGUAGUAAAGGAAGUAGCCAAGUGGCUUCUUCAUGCUACAACAAGCAAAUGUUUCAAAUCUGAUCUGUUGUCCAAAAUUUCGAAUACAAGACAAGGUCCUGCAAUUUUGACAUUAUUUCGUUCGUAAAAAAAAUAGAUCAAAUUUUUCAAUCCUUAGGCAUAGGAAUGGAAUAUUUCAUCUAAUUUUUGAAUUGGAAAUGCGUAUAGAGAAAAGAAAUACAUUUCAGCAUUAUUAUACAACCAAUAUUUUAAAUCUGUAUUUGCAAAUGAGUUUCACUGUAAAAUAUUAUAGAAAUGAUUAUAAAUUCAGACAAGACACCUUUAAUAAAUGGUGAAGCACUCAAUGACUGCAUUACUGACUUGUGGCAGAGGCAGUUUUGCUCACAAGGACUCCUUUGCAGCCCUCGGUGUUAGGUCUCUUUCCAGCUGUUGCAAUGUACAGUUUGGUAAACUGUUUUAGGCCAUUCCUCUUGUUAAUAAAGGACUUAGAAUUUAUUUUUUUUUUACUUUGCAAAGAUAAUUCUGUGAAACCUUGUCCAUUUUCAGUUGACUAUAGUUGUUUAAAUAUUUCAAAUUGUAUUCUGCUACUUAAUAAACUUGAUCUUUGCCUUUAA